AUGAAUUUAAUAAUUACCUUAAUUGGUAUUAAAUUUAUUAUAUUUUUAAUAUUAAAUUAUAUAUUACCAAAUAUAUUAAUAAUGGGUAGUAGGGAUCAAGAUUUUAAAAAGAAAUAUGGAAAAUGGGCAUUAGUAACAGGUAGUAGUAGUGGUAUUGGUAAAUCAAUUUCACAUAGAUUAGCAAGUCAAGGUAUUUCAUUAAUAUUAGUUGCAAAAGAUGAUCAAUAUUUUAAUGAAAUGGUAAAUGAAAUUAAAAAUAAAUAUAAAUCAAAUAUCAAUUUAAAAUUUUUAUCAAUUAAAUUAGAUUUAACAAAACCAGAAUCAGUUAAAGAAUUAAUUUUAAAAUUAAAAGAAUUUGAAUCAAAUAAAAUUUUAAAAAUAAAUGAAAUUAGAAUUUUAUUUAAUAAUGUUGGUUAUGUAACAAUGGAGGGAUUUAAUCAAACCUCUUACGAUAAUGAUAAAUUAAAAAUGAUACAAUGUAAUACCUUAACAUCUGUCCAAUUAACUGAUUACUUUUAUAGAAUUUGGAUAGAAAAUAAAAUAAAUAUUAAUAAUGAUGAUUAUAAAAAGAAUGGUGUAAUUAUAUUUACAUCAUCAAUUGGUGCAAUAUUGCCAACACCAUUUUCAGUUAUUUAUUCAAGUUGUAAAUCAUUUUUAUCAAAUUUUGCAACUUCAUUAUCAUUGGAAGCGAAAUCUAAUGAUAUUGAUAUUUUAGCUGUACAACCUGGAAGAGUUGAUACUCAUAUAUUUGAUAAGUUACCAAACUUAUUGGCAUUAAAAUUUUUGAAAUUAAUGUCACAAAAACCUGAUGACGUUGUUGAUAUCAUGUUUAGAGCUGCUGGUAGAUAUGGUAUUGUAAUUUUUAAUAGUGGUUUAUUUGCUCAAUUAUCAUGUUUAUUUUCAAAUUUAUUUGGUAUUAAUUUAACAAAUAAUAUUGUUUAUUUAAUUUCAAAAUAUAUUUUAACUGAUUAUUCACAAUAUAGAAAAAUAAAUAAAUAA